CCGGGAUGCUGGGCGCGAUCGCGGAGUGGUGCCGCGAGCACAAGCUGCGGGCCAUCGGCGGGGUGUGGCUCACCGGCAUGGGCGCGUCCAUGGCGUACAACGCCACGCAGACGAGCCUCUCGCCGUCCGUGAAGGUGAUUCACAGCCGCAUAUACGCCCAGGCCUUGACGCUGACCUGCCUGCUGGGAAGCGCCGCCGCCGAGUGGUACGACGUGAAGUACAACAACAGGCGGGUGGUGGACGACGAUCCGUACGUGUACAAGCCGCCGCAGGGGACGAGAACCGCGCCGGUGGGGCGGUAGACGUACCGGCGCCGGACUCGACUCUUUUUGUAAGUUUAGUUUUAGAGGGCGGAACCCGCUGGCAGUGUUGUUGAUCGCAUAGCAGACGCGUAGACCUC